AUGGCACGAAACCUCCAGGCCUGGCAGCGGAAGCUGAUUGUUCAUAUGACACUCAACAAAAAGAGACUAACCAUCUCACAGAUGGCAAAGGUGGCCAAGUGUAGUGAGCGUUCGGUCACUAACAUCCGCAGAAACAUACGGGUGUUUGGCGACUCCAGAUCCCCCCCAGUCCCUGCCGGCCAGCCCUCAAUCAUCACCCCUGUGAUGCUAGACGCCCUUUGUGACCAUCUCGCCGAAAAACCCAGCCUAUAUGUUGAAGAGAUGGCUCUGUUUCUUUGGGAUGAAUUUGAGGUGCUGCCUUCACCAUCGAGCGUCAAACGUGCCCUCACGCGGGCUGGCUGGACAAAAAAGAAAGCCCAGCAGAGAGCAAAAGAACAGAAUCCUCAACUACGAGAUUUCUACCAGCAUAAGCUAUCGGAAUUUAGCUCGUAUCAUCUGGUCUUUGUUGAUGAAUCGGGAUAUGAUAAACGCGUGGGAUAUCGACGGACUGGUUGGUCACCACUGGGUGUGACACCAGUGCAAAUAUCUAAAUUUCACCGGGGUCAACACUACCAGAUACUGCCAGCCUAUACACAGGACGGCGUUAUCUUGUCUCGUAUCUUCAAGGGAUCAACUGAUACUAGCUUUUUUGAAUCGUUUAUUGAGCAACUUCUGCAGCAUUGUGGAAAAUGGCCGGAACCGAAAUCCGUACUUGUUAUGGAUAAUGUCUCGUUCCACCAUUCAGACCGUAUUAAGCAAUUAUGCUCCGACGCGGGGGUCAAAUUAUUGUACCUGCCUCCUUAUUCGCCUGACUUCAACCCCAUCGAGGAAUUCUUUGCCAAGCUAAAAGCGUACAUUAAGAAGGCUUGGUCAACAUAUGAACAGAAUCUUGACCAGGGAUUUGAUGUCUUUCUCCGCCGGUGUGUGCAUGGAAGUUGGUGCAAAGAAGCAGAGCGCUGA